AUGAAGGGAAGGCCUCUGAGAGCGCCUAGUAAAUUGCCUGUGAUAUUGGGGAAAGUUCUACUGCGCUGGAUCUUCACCAAAGCCGAUCUGGUCUUCUUUGUUUAUCGGUUUAUAUGGUAUGCUUGUCAUAUUCACGUCCGGACCUCGAUGAAUAGCAGCGUGGAUUUUUUCGAGAGUUUAAUUGAUGAAGACGGCCGCUUUGCCGAGUUAAAUUGUCAAGAGCCGGCACAACGGGGACAAAGACAGCGACAGCGGCCACACAUUCAAGCAGAAAACAUUAACAAUGGUGGCGGAUUGUCGCUGUCGCCCCCGCACACGGUGUCUCAGCGCGAGACAGGCACACAGGUGUCUCAAUGCUACAGCGGACCGCCGUCACCAUGUGGAUCUACCAGCACGUCCCCAUCUCCUAUGGUAUCGCCCGCUCCGCCACCGGGCACUGCUACAUUGGACCCUAACUGGCAAGCCACUAAGCCCACUGUGCGGGAACGGAAUGCAGCCAUGUUCAACAACCAGCUUAUGUCGGAUAUCACAUUCAUAGUCGGAGGACCAGGACAUACUAAAGUGAUACCAGCUCACAAAUAUGUAUUAGCCACUGCCAGUUCUGUAUUCUAUGCUAUGUUUUAUGGAGGCUUGGCGGAAUGUAAGCAGGAAAUUGAGGUACCUGAUGUGGAACCAUCAGCCUUCCUGACUCUUUUAAAAUAUAUCUAUUGUGAUGAGAUACAAUUGGAAGCGGAUACAGUAUUGUCAACUCUUUAUGUUGCAAAGAAAUACAUUGUGCCUCAUUUAGCCAAAGCUUGUGUCAAUUAUUUGGAAACUAGUCUGACAGCAAAGAACGCAUGUCUACUUUUGAGCCAGUCAAGAUUGUUUGAAGAGCCAGAGCUGAUGCAAAGAUGCUGGGAAGUGAUUGACGCCCAGGCAGAGAUGGCACUGACUUCAGAAGGAUUUGUGGACAUUGAUGUUUCAACACUUGAGUCCGUAUUAGCAAGAGAGACACUUAACUGUAAAGAGAUCAAUCUGUUUGAAGCAGCUCUGGCUUGGGCACACUCUGAGUGUGUUAGAAGAGAGAUUGACCCUACACCAACAAACAAAAGAGCCAUGCUCGGAAGUGCCAUAUAUUUAAUUAGAUUCCCCACAAUGUCUUUGGAAGAAUUUGCAAAUAGUGCCGCUCAACUAGGCAUAUUGACCCCUCAAGAAACUAUUGACAUAUUUUUGCAUUUCACUGCCUCAAGUAAGCCACAAUUAUCUUAUCCCAUCAAGCCCAGGGCUGGACUGAAAGCUCAGAUAUGUCACAGAUUCCAGUCCUGUGCAUACAGAAGCAACCAAUGGAGAUACCGUGGCAGAUGUGAUUCUAUCCAGUUUUGUGUGGACAAAAGAAUAUUUGUUGUGGGAUUUGGAUUAUAUGGUUCUUCAAAUGGUGCAGCUGACUAUAAUGUUAAAAUAGAGCUGAAGCGUUUGGGCAGAGUGCUAGCAGAGAACAAUACAAAAUUUUUCUCAGAUGGUUCUAGUAACACUUUCCAUGUAUACUUUGAGAACCCCAUACAAAUUGAACCAGAAUGUUUCUACACUGCAUCUGCAAUCCUCGAUGGAAGUGAAUUGAGCUAUUUUGGACAAGAAGGUCUAAGUGAAGUAUACAUGGGUACUGUGACAUUCCAAUUCCACUGUUCUUCAGAGAGUACCAAUGGCACUGGAGUGCAAGGAGGACAGAUACCAGAACUCAUCUACUAUGGUCCUACAGUCAACACUUCAGCGAUGACAAAUGCAAACACAAAUGAGGACUGACAGUUGUCUAGAUCUCGUCCCCUCAAUUACUACUCAGUAUGAUAGGAAGGCCCUAAUACUGUUUGUCUCAAUCAAGUACAAGAGAAUGAAUUGAUUGAGAUAAUAUUUACCAUUCCCAAAUGUUAAAUUGAUUUGUUGAAAUUUAAAAGUUCUUGUGUAUAUUGUUGAACUUGAAUAGGCAUUAAGAUAUGUACCUUAAGAAUGUGAUAUGGGUGUUGUAAUAGCUCUCUAGAAAUUCCUAGAUUUCAGACCUAUACUUAAAAUUCAUUGCAAUAAAAUAAUGAUGCUAAAA